AAACGUCCCGACGUCCGUCAUGUUGUGGAUUUUGCGAAGAACGCGCGUCGGUCUCACGUCUGCCGCGUCCCUUCUCAACGGAAACAACAACGAAAACCGUCCAGCUCAUAAGGGCUACAACAAAUUGUCGGCUAAAGAUGAUAGUAGGCCAGCCAACCCGAUACAAGAUGAAGAAAUAUUGGAUAAUGAAAGUAGCAACAAUACUGGAAAUAAUGGAAAUACUGCGUUGAUUGAUUCAGAUAAUGAAUCGAGUUUUACUGAUGUUGAUUAUGAAGAUGGUGGGUUUUCUGAUGAUUCGGAUUAUGAAGAAGCUCUAACAUGUAACGUUUGCGACCGAACAUUUUCCUGUCCGAAACAAUUAUCAGCGCACAAACAGAAGAAAAGACAUUUUGGUUGUUCAGCUUGCGAUUCAUUAUUCCCCUCAUUGAUGGCUCUAGAACACCAUAAGGAAGAAUUCGAACAUUGGUCGGAUGAAGACGACAUUUGUACCGAUGAUUCAGACGAAGAUGACGAUACGGUUAUAAGCGAAGAAUGCGAAAGAUUACUUUGAAUUUUUUGCUUAAAAAAAGCACAAAACUAUUAAACUGGAACCAAUCAGAAUAUACUCAAAAAUAUAUAAGUGUAUAGAUAAUUAUUAGCUGAUUGAAUUUUUAAAGUGAAAAUCAAAUUAUUUGUAACAUAUAAAAACAUAUCUUGUAUUGUAAUCAAAAGAAAAAACAAAUGUUGUUCCUUAUUUUUUAGCUAAUUAUAUAUUUUUUGUACGUUUCUUUUAGGUGUAGUUAUAAGGUAAAAUGUGACCCCAUUCAUUGAUUCCCUGUUUU